AUGGGGUACACCACCCUUUGGAAGCGGCUCUCGUCGUCGCAGCUCAAUGUGGCUAUUCAAGCUUUCUCCCUUGUUUGCAUCUUCUUCGAGGGAUAUGACCAAGGGGUUAUGGGAGGCGUCAACAGUGCGCCCACUUAUGUUACCGAGGUCGGCAUUGGUGAGCCAAAUGGCAAGGUGACUGAUACUACCCAUCAGGGAGGCAUUGUCAGCAUCUACUACCUUGGAUGUAUCUUUGGCUGCUUUGCCGGCGGCUGGCUGGCGGAUCGUAUUGGCCGUAUCAACGGUCUACUGAUCGGCUCUAUAUUCGCGUUGGUUGGAGGUGCUCUCCAAGCUGCGGCCCAGAGCUCCGACUUUAUGCUGGUUGCUAGAGUCAUCACUGGUGUCGGUACUGGAGCUUUGACCGGUAUCACACCCGUUCUGGUGGCCGAGACUUCUUCGGCAGAGCACCGUGGAGGCUUCUUGGGAUACGUCUUCGUUGCAAACUACUUAGGAAUUUCCAUCGCAUACUGGAUGUCUUUUGGGCUCGCCUUUAUCAAUCACGGUUACUCUGAUAUCCGGUGGCGGUUCUUGCUCGCCUUCCAAUGUGUCCCGGCCCUGAUACUGGUCUUGUUCAUCAAAAUGCUACCCGAUAGCCCCCGUUAUCUCGCAUCAGUCGGUCGUAACGAGGAAGCUCGGGACCUGCUGACCAGGGUCCGCGCUCAUAAAGCAAGCCCCGCGGAUAUCGACCACGAAUACAUGGAGAUUGUUGCAUCCUCUCAGGACAGCAAGCCCAGUUCUCCGAUUGAGUUUGUCAAGAUCCUGAUCGGCAAGGGUGGCAGACCCGGCUCGAAUCUGGGUCGACGGGCCUGGCUUUGUGUCUGGCUUCAGAUCAUGGCUUCGUGGACGGGUAUUACAGCUGUUACAGCGUAUUCCCCCGUUCUUCUCAGCCAAGCCGGGUACAGUGAGAUUACACAAAACGGUCUCGCAGGAGGACUGAACACAAUCGGAAUCCUCGGAACACUCAUCAGUACGCAGAUUGUGGAUAGAUUUGGUCGGAGGAAGUGUCUGAUGCUAGGGUCACUGGUCUUGUUUACUGUCGAGCUUGUGGCCGGUGGCGUGUAUGAAGGCUCGCUUCAGAACCCGAGCAAAGCUUCGCAGUAUGCACCAGCUGCAGUGGCAAUGCUCUUCCUCUUCAACCUGGGCUAUGCUGCAACCUGGGGAACUGUAGCCUUCCUUGUGCCCACGGAGAUUUUCCCAUCGGAUCUCAGAGCGCAAGGCAACGGGUUCGGCAUCACCGGGUGGGCUAUUGGAGUCGGCAUGACCACACUAGUCAAUCCCAUCAUGUUUGGUAGCUUGAAGAGCCGCAGCUACUUCCUCCUUGCUGGGCUUAACCUGCUCUGGAUUCCAAUCGUCUACCUGCUAUACCCGGAAACGUGCAAUCGGUCCCUUGAAUCGAUCGAUGCUUUGUUCUCCACAUCCAGCCCGUUCUACUGGGACAUGGAGCGAGCAUACCAACUUCAUAGUGAUGUGCUCGCGGAGAGAGCAGCGCGGAAACUUGCUGACGAGGAUGCCACAAAGGCUGAAGUUCAAGAAUCAGCCCACGAGGAAUUCCACGGUACGACCAUCGUUGGUGUAUGA